AUUGAACGCCGAGGCAAGUGGAGGCGGGAGGACUGUUUAUCCGUGGACGUCAUGUGCCCUUGCCUCUCACAUACUCGCAGCAUCUUCACUUUUGCUCCAUUCACGGUGUUCGCAAUUCGCAAUUAAAGAGUUAGAAAGAGAAAGGCAUGUGACACCAUGAUUCAUGCGCACUCUUCUAGUCGUGCUCCCAACUCCAUUGCCUGCGGGGAAAUGCCACAGUGAAUGCCAAGCUAUCAAACAACUGCGUCGAUGCCUCCUUCUCAGCCAAUACAAGCGCUGCCUCCUGAUGUGAUAGCAAAGAUCAAAUCCUCAACUUCUAUCUCUCAUUUGAAUGGUGUCAUUGUGGAGUUGGUCAAAAAUUCUUUGGAUGCCAAUGCACGUACGAUCUUCGUGACUGUCGACUUCAAACGUGGUGGUUGCCUAGUUGAAGACGAUGGCGAUGGAAUCCCUCCAGCUGAAUUCAAAGCCACUGGAGGACUCGGCAAAGCUCACCAUACAUCUAAAUUCAAUCUGAGCGGCUCGUUUGGCCACCGGGGGUUGUUCUUGGCCUCCCUGGCCUCCCUGUCUUUGUUGACCCUGACCUCUCAUCAUAUCCAAUAUGAGAGCACAAACUCCAUUAUAUUGCAUCAUUCGACACCUGUUGCACGGCUGAUCCCUGCACCGCCGCAUCAAGUGCUCCGUUUUGGCAACCAUGGCACGUCUGUUACAGUCAAUGACCUUUUUGGAAAUAUGCCAGUCCGUGUUAAGAGUCGAGCACUCGCACUUCAGAAGUCCGAUGAGUUGGAACGAGAGUGGGACAACUUGAGAUACUCCUUGGUGUCUCUCAUGUUGAGCAAUCCCCAGCUCUCGAAAUUUGUCCUGUCCGAUGCAGAGAAAAGUAAACGGGUCUCCAUUCGUCUUGGCGCCCUUUCUGUGUCCGAUCUACACGUCUCACGCGGCGAUAAUGAUUUUAACCUCAAGCGCAUUGGUUCGAUUCUCACACAAUCUGGGCUGAUCUCUUCCCGACACGUGGAACAUUGGCAUGAACUGUCUGCCUCGGUUCCUGAUCUUGCAGUUCGAGGAGCAAUAUCUCUUUUACCCAGCCCGACCCGAAAGGUUCAAUUUAUCUCGGUAGGAAAAGAACCUUUGCUGUCACGCAGUAGUUCAAACGUUCUGUACGAUGAGGUCAACCGACUGUUCUCGUUGUCCGACUUUGGGAAUGCUGGAGCCAUAUCCGACGCGAUGUCGGCCGCCAGCCCAGCAGUUUCAGUGAGUCGGCAAGAUGCUCCUAGUAAUUCAAGUACCAGAAGCUGGGCAAAGCCCAUCAACAAAUGGCCCAUGUUCUACAUACGUGUUGACACGAGCAUCGCUCUCCAGCGGGACAAUGAUGGACGUGAGACUUUUCCGGAAUCAGACAAGUCAAUUCAACGGAUUGUCGAUGUACUUGGGGCUAUGGUUUACGAGUUUUUGAGGCAGCACAAUAUGCGUCCCCGUAAAACCAAGCGGCCAACACUUUCAUCGGAUCGGACUCGGAGCCUUCGCCCCACGGAGUCCAAGGGUUCCGAAAUGACUCAUGAUUCCAUCAGUCAAGGCCAGUCUGUGUCAACCACCGAAGAAGCGUUGAGUGGUCGCGUGAAGCUACCAUCGUUUCCAAGACCUCAAUCCAUCAAUUCUGGUCAGAGCUUUACUAAUUGGUCUAGAGUCAAAGCAGCAAAAGACCAACAAAUUCACUCUGCAACUCCACGAACUCGGCAUUCGCAUGUUGAUCUCGAACCGAGUGAGGAGGGUAGGUCCUUGCCUACAUUGACUGGGUCAAAGUCAGAUCGGGACAGGGGUUGCAUAGACUUCACCGAGUCAUCCGGAUUGCCCAAGCCAAAGUCGACGGAACAAGAUAUGGCCAGAAUGCAGGAUAAUUCUGAGUGCCCACCUUCAGACAAGAUGAUCACUUGGAUUGAUCCGCAUACAAAGUUGGCCUAUCUAAUAAAUCCUCACACGGGCCAAACAACAAACCCUCGACAAUCGAUACCGCUUCAGCAUUCUUGUUCAACGGGCUCUCUUGGUGCCUCGUCGAAACUUCCAACACAGAGCUUUUGGGUAGAAAGCAUGUUGGGCGCAUGGGAGAACCCUGCUUUCAACCGAACGGAAAUGCCUAUACCAAAUUUAGGUUUAGAUUCCACCGGGCCACAGAACAAAACCACUCCACAUGACUACUUCAAGGGUAUUGAGUCUCUGGAGACGGCACAGGUUGCGAAAUACCGAGGGAAGCUCCGACGUCGCGGCCUCCAAACCGCUAAGGUUAUUGCCCAGGUAGACAAGAAGUUCAUUCUUGCCAAUUUACAUACUGCUGGCGAGAAACUCGGUGGGGAUCAGCGUUCAAACAAUUUUCUGCUUUUAAUUGACCAGCACGCGGCUGAUGAGCGAUGCCGAGUUGAACAGUUGUUUGGUGACAUGUUUGUCUCUCCCGACACAACCGGGACUCUGGAUCAAGGUGCCCAAGUGCGAACUGUCCAAAUCGCUUCUUUGGCAUUUGAAGUCUCGUCGACAGAGGGUGAUCUUUUUCAAAAGUAUAAGGGUGUCUUCUCUGCCUGGGGUAUUCUGUAUACGACAGAAUUGAAGACCAAAUCUACUGCCGCAGUCACCGUGCACACUCUUCCUGCGCUUAUAGCUGAGCGCUGUCGCCUUGAACCUCAUGUACUGGUCGACUUGAUGAGACGUGAGAUCUGGUCAAGUGAGGAGAAUGACAAGAAGCCAUUUCGGUCUAAGAGCACAUUCACAACUGAGGAGCUUGAACAGGACUCGGAUCUGUCAGACUGUGAAGACACGGUGCUCAAGCCAGAAAAAAGGCCCUUCACUUCUCAUUCGUGGGUUCAGCAGAUGAAUGGAUGUCCCGACGGCAUUGUUGAGCUUCUGAAUUCUCGCGCAUGUCGCACCGCUAUCAUGUUCAAUGAUCACCUUAGCAUUGAGGAGUGCCAAGCUUUAGUCGCUCGGCUGGCUCGCUGCGCCUUUCCAUUCCAGUGUGCCCAUGGGCGCCCUUCAAUGGUCCCAAUACUUGACCUUCGUUCCCUCCCCCAACACCACCGCACCCCUGCCUCUGCAUCUGGAUACCAGGGAAAUGAGUUUUAA